AAGAAGCAAAGCCACACUUCGAAAAUGUUAGAAGCUGCUCUUCACUUGCUACAGUGUCUAUGGAUUAGGAGCUGUUAUUCAAAUCAGAGCAUAUCCACUGAAUGGAAUUUUAGUGUUUCGCUGUCAUUUUGAUGUUUCCAUCACCUGGUCUUCACCCGCUCUACCAGACAUUUCCUGCGAGAAUGGGGGCGGGAGCGCUCGCCGUCUGUCAAAGCAAAGCAGCAGUUCAGCUGAAAGAGGACAUGAAAAAGAUAGUGGGAGUGCCACUAAAUGAGCAGAAGAAUUCUACCUAUAAAAAAUUAUUUGGAGUCAGUCUCCAAGACCUUCAAGAGCAGGGGCUCACUAAGAAUGGCAUUCCAAUUAUCGUGGAGAAUAUAGUGGAAUACUUGACAAAGCACGGGCUCACCCAGGAAGGCCUUUUUAGGGUGAAUGGCAAUGUGAAGGUGGUGGAGCAACUUCGAUUGAAGUUUGAGAGUGGAGUGCCCGUGGAGCUCGGGAAAGACGGUGACGUCUGCUCCGCAGCCAGUCUGUUAAAACUCUUCCUGAGGGAGCUGCCGGAGAGUGUGAUCACCUCGGCAUUACAUCCGCGAUUCAUCCAGCUCUCACAGGAUGACAGAAAUGAUGCUCAGGAGAGUAGUUUAAGAGACUUAAUACAAGAACUGCCAGAUACCCACUACUGCCUUCUCAAGUACCUAUGCUGGUUCUUGACAAAAGUAGCCAAGAACCAUGUGCAGAAUCGCAUGAACGUUCACAAUCUCGCCACUGUAUUUGGGCCAAAUUGCUUUCAUGUGCCACCUGGACUUGAAGGCAUGAAAGAACAAGACCUCUGCAACAAGAUAAUGGCUAAAAUACUAGAAAAUUAUAAUACCCUAUUUGAAGUAGAUUAUAAAGAAAAUGAUAAUCAAGGGUGUGAAAGCCUGGUGAGGAUUAUCAUAGUAAAAGAAGCCCAUUGUAAGAACUCCUUCCCCAUCUUUCUAACAAAAGACUUAGAAAGAGACAUGCAAAACCCAUCUCCAAAAACCAAGAUCCCAAAGUCCAGGAGUGAGGGAUCUAUUCAGGCCCUCAGGAUACCACAACCAGAACUAUCUGAUAGCAUUCCUCAGGUCAGCCUGCGGCUGAGUCAUAGAAAACCCUGCUGGGAGGACAUGAAUUCAGCAGAAGAUGCUAGUGGUGCAAAGUUCGUGUCCAGUUCACAAGAAGAUGAAAGACCUAUGUCACCUUUCUAUUUGAGUGCCCACGUAUCCCAAGUCAACAAUGUUUCAACAACUGGAGAACUCUUGGAAAGAACCAUCCGUUCAGCUGUAGAACAGCAUCUCUUUGAUGUUAAUUGUUCUGGAGGCCCAAGUUCAGAGGACUCAGAAUCUGGAGCAUCAUCAGCAUCUUCUACAUCUGCCAGACACCGACGACACCAAUCCAAAGAGCAGGGUGAAGUUCGACAUGGCAGAGAUGUGGGACUUAUCAACAAAGAAAAUAUUCCUUAUGGGGUCAGCAACCUUGAUGACUGUAUUUUGAAUGCUCAGGAAGUAGAAAAAUUAUAUGAAAAUCCUUCUGAUUAUAUUGAAGAAAGGGGCAAACCUAAACGUCAGAAAUCAAGUUCCAAACAUUCUGAGCUGAAUGAAAUUCAAGAUGGUCAUGUGAAUAUGGAAAUUCUCCAUUCCACAGCAUCCCAGGCAAGGACUGGGCCUGAUAAUGAUGAACUGCUGCCCGAUGAAAGUGUUUGUAGCAAAGAGAAUGAGAAAGACGGCCGACAUGUCCAGCGUUUUGAGAGCCCCACGAUGAAGAUUCAGGAGCAUCCCAGCAUACCUGACACCAAACUGCAAAGGACUCAAGAUGCCGGGGACCAGCAGGAGAGCUUUGCCUCUGAAGUGCCUGAGCUGGACCUGACUGCGUUGUGUGAUGAGAAGAGCUGGGAAGAGCCCAUCCCUGCUUUCUCUUCGUGGCAGCAGGAGAAUGGGGACUCUAAUGAAGCGCACCUCUCGCCGCAGGCAGGGCGCCUGAUUCACCAGCUCCUGGAUGAGGGCAGUGACCCCAUGCUCUCUCCUCGGUUCUAUGCUUAUGGGCAGAGUCGGCAAUACCUGGAUGACACAGAAGUGCCUCCUUCUCCCCCAGAUUCCCAUUCUUUCAUGAGGCGGCGGAGCUCCUCUCUGGGGUCCUAUGAUGGCGAGCAGGAGGAUCUGACUCCUGCCCAACUCACACGGAGGAUUCAGAGCCUUAAAAAGAAGAUCCGAAAGUUCGAAGACAGGUUUGAAGAAGAGAGGAAAUACAGACCUUCACACAGUGACAAAGCAGCCAAUCCAGAGGUUCUGAAAUGGACAAAUGACCUCGCCAAAUUCCGGAAACAACUGAAAGAGUCAAAACUAAAGAUAUCCGAAGAGGACCUAGCCCCCAGAAUGCGGCAGCGAAGCAACACACUUCCCAAGAGUUUUGGCUCCCAACUUGAGAAAGAAGAUGAGAAGAAGCAAGAGCUGGCAGAUAAAGCGCUAAAGCCCAGCGUUGAAGCCACACUAGAGUCCAUCCAGAGGAAGCUCCAGGAGAAGCGGGCAGAAAGCAGCCGGCCUGAGGACAUUAAGGACAUGACCAAAGACCAGAUUGCCAGUGAGAAAGUGGCUCUGCAGAAAGCUCUGUUAUAUUAUGAAAGCAUUCAUGGACGGCCGGUAACCAAGAAUGAACGCCAGGUUAUGAAGCCACUGUAUGACCGGUACCGGCUAGUCAAGCAGAUCCUGUCCCGAGCCAGCACCAUCCCCAUCCUCGGUUCCCCCUCCAGCAAGCGGAGAAGCCCUUUGCUGCAGCCAAUUAUCGAGGGUGAAACUGCUUCCUUCUUCAAGGAGAUAAAGGAAGAAGAGGAGGGUUCCGAAGAAGAUAGCAACCCAAAGCCAGACUUCACAGUCACUUUGAAAACUGAUUUCAGUGCACGUUGCUUUCUGGACCAAUUUGAAGAUGAUACUGAUGGGUUUAUUUCCCCAGUGGAUGAUAAAAUACCAUUGAAAUGCAGCCAAGACACCGAGCUUUCAAAUCUCCAUGCUGCCUCAAUACCAGAACUAUUGGAACAUCUUCAGGAAAUGAGAGAAGAAAAAAAAAGGAUUCGAAAGAAACUGCGUGAUUUUGAAGACAAUUUUUUCAGACAAAAUGGAAGGAAUGUCCAAAAGGAAGACCGCACUCCUAUGGCCGAAGAAUACAAUGAAUACAAGCACAUAAAAGCAAAACUAAGACUUUUGGAGGUGCUCAUCAGCAAGAGAGACACUGAUUCCAAGUCCAUGUAAGGAGACAGCCUCAGCCCAAGCACAGGGGGCUGGGGAUGCAGAGGGAAUUGCCACCUGCCUCCCCAGUGAAUAACAGCUCUUCAGAAACUGGGAGGCAGCCUUGGAGCUGGACCUACAGAGCAUAUAGCCUCUUCUGCCUCCAGGCCAUUGGGAGGGCUCCAGUUUGCACGGCCUGCCUUAGAUAGUGCCUAGACAGAAGAAGGCACAUUGCCCUAAUGCAGGCAUUUUGGAAGGGAAAGUCGAUUCCUGCAGGCACACACAGGCACCAUAGUGGAAGCUUUCUAAUACUAGAAGAGAUGAAUCACUACAUUGAGACACACUCAUCUACAGAGAAUAUACACUGUUCUGCCCUGGAUAACUGAGAAACAUGAGACCAUUCUCUGCCUAACUGUGAUUAAAAACAAGCUCAGGACAUCACUGUAGGACAAACUUGCCGCGCAGACCCCUGUUCUCUUCGGACCUAGUCAGGGGGAACCUGCACUGGAGCCCUAUUUGCUGCCUCCACCACUCUUGUGACCUUCCCACGGGGCCGCACCAUUCCCCACUUGUAUGAAUUGUUCCCUAUGUUCUCAGGUAGAUGGAGGUGGCAUCUGGCCUAAAUGACAAAGCAAUCAUCUAUCUGACGGUGUGCUUCUUCAAGACUCCCUCAGCUGACAGAUCUACUCUCUGCCUAGGACUGGAUCCCCUGUUGAAGACAGAAGGAAUAGAGCAGUAGCUCUGUUAAUGCUGAUUUUUAAAUCAGCCACAGGGUGAAGAGCCUGGAAAAUUCUUUCCUGAGCACUUGACUACACUACCGUUUCCAAUUUUAGCAUCAAACACUGAACAAGGCCCAUACGCCACAGCACCUGUGUGGGGCUUGGUUCCGUUUUGGCUCUAGCCAAACAAAAAGUGUCUUGCUUAAUUCUCAGCUUAAGUGUACAGGAUCAUGAAAGAGAGAAAAAGAGCCUGUGUUCUAAGCCUCCUGAGUACUUAGCAGAGUUUUUUUAAACUAACCUGCACUAAAACCCCCCCUAACUGAGGGGGUAAAUGUAGCCCUCAAAGCUCAGCCCGAGGCAGAAUCUAAGUCACACUAUUUUCAAGAUCAUGUAUAAAAAGAAAAAAAUAAUGAUUUGUGACCAAUUAUGAUUACAGUUUUAUCCCAAGACUGUGUCACAGAGCUGUCUGUAGUAGACAUCUGGGAGGGGCCAGGGCAUGGAAGAUGCCACUCAGUCAUCUCAUCACUGUGCUGGCGUCACUUUGGGUUGAUUGGUACUCUUUAAUCUGUCUCCACUGAGGAAAGCAGAUCUGGUUCUGCCUGUCCACCCCAGGCCGCCUCUGUGCUUUGUGAGGUCGAGGGUACGUGUCUGCACACCAGCCACUUUGGUUGCCAAGAGAAGGCGUUUCAGCAGGCCCCGCCUUUUGAAGAUAGUGCUGCAGGAUAAGCAGACGAGAUGCCCUCCUAUAGGUUCUGAGAGUUGCCUUCUUAAAGGUACCAUUUUGGGUUUAUUUUUUAAUUAGAAGUGUAAGAAUGUAAAACUCUACUGACUAGUUGUCAGUUUCAAAACUGGAUUCUGGUUGGGUAGGAUCUGUAACAGCAUUUCCCAUUCCUGAAGCGAGGUAGCAGCUCUCUUGUCAGUUGAAAGUGGUUUAAGUUGGAAUUUGGAAAAAAAGAAUACUUUUAAGUUUGCUUUUAAAAAUAAUAGAAGCAUGAGCUAUGUGUUGGAAGUGCCCUGGUAUAAUCCACACACUUAAAGAUGGUACAUAAUCCUACAAAUGUAAAUGUACAUGAGAGUAUAGUUUGGUAUUCUUUGUUCUACUGUUUACACUGCAGAUCGUUAUCAUUUCAAGGAGCUAUAUUAUAAAUAAAAUUAUGCACUUUAGGAUGUUUUCUAUUUUUGAAAUCUGAACAUGAAUCAUUCACAUGACCAAAAAUUGUAUUUUUUAAAGAAAUACACAUCUAGUCUGUCCUUUUAAGUAGUUAUUCUCUUAAAUAACCUAUAAUAUGAAUCAAAUCAUUACCAGUUAACUUCUAAAUCACAUGUUUAAUAGUAUUGUUUUGAAAAUACUAUGCUACAGAAUUCAAAAAGAAAAAAAAAGCUAAAUAAAUAAGAAGCUACUAAAUGUUUUGAAAUCUGUUGUUUCUGCCAAAGGUAAGUUAAUAAAAGAUAAUUAUUAAGGAAUCCCCAUUCAAAUUUGUAUGAUCCAAUAAAAGAAAACACCAAGUUAUAGUAACAUAAAUUGUGUAUGGAAUGUCGUGUUUUCCUUGGUAGUCUCUAGUAAUCUAUAUACUUCCUAGAAUGCCAUCCAGAUUAAAGGGAGAAAAGCCCUGUCUACACCAGAACCUGUCUGAGGACCUGUUAGUCAGCAGCUUCUGGCUCCACGAGAAAUGCUGAGGCAAAUUUGUUUCCAUGGCAACCAUUUCUGCAGCCCAGGGUCUCAAGCCCCUAGAGGCAGUGUCUUAAUAGGCUUCACACCGCGAACUCUGGACUGGGGUUUUUCCUUCGCCCUUUUGGGAACGUGUGUAUUUAUUAGCACACGCCAACAAAGUAAAUGUCAGGGGUUACUGAAUAACAAUGAUCAAGGUAAAACACAAAUUAAUUCACUUGAGGUAUGAUUUUAAGAAUGAGGGAGAGCAGAGGCUCAUAAUUUUCAGGAGCAUUUGCUUUUUUGGGGUUUGGUCUAGAGUAAACCUUGAAGUAGAUGUUUAUAUUAGAUAUGGUAGCAAAACUAUUUCAUCUUCGAGUCAUUUAGUUCGCAUUUCACUUUUUAGACAUACAUGCAAAGUUUAGGGUAAGGGCCUGCUUAGAAGUCUUUGAAGACUGUUGAAGGUAGUCGUGUGCUGGUAGAAGAAAGUUUGCACAAUCAACGCGAUCUCCCAAAUAUAGGGAAUAUUUCCAUGAAAGACCAAAUCAAAUUUCAAACUGAAGAACUAAUUCUUUUUUAAUUGCCAGCUCUACUGCAUCAUGAGCUAAUAAUUAGAUCUUUUCUCUUUGGUUGCCAGUUUGAAGUCAGAAGGCCAUUGUUCAUUGCCAAGGGUCCGGGGUGCCUGCCCUCAGAGCGCCAUGUCACCGCUGCACUGGCUAGGUCUAAGGCAGUGUUUGCCAGGCGGCAGGGGAAGCCGCCGCAGGGUGUGCCUGCCCCCAGGUGCGGCAUUCCUGGCCCUGGACAAAUGUCUCAGGGCUCUGCUUGUGUCCUAAAUAUUGCACCGUGGAGUCCUGAGGCCAGCAGGCUUGGAGCCCCUGAGGGUGGAGCUGUUGUUAAUGUGGUUGGGCUUGGAAUGCCUUACAAGGAGAGUAUUUAGGUUUAUUAAAGAGGCGACCAUGAGCCGAUUUGGUUGGUUCUUUUGGGGGCUGCCCAGUUCUCAAUAAACAUAAUUGGACCCACUAUACAGAACUGAUCACAGAUUUAUGAGAAAAAUCAAAUUUUAAACUUUAGUAACUUUUUAAGAGAUUCUUAAUCUGAUAAUGAAGAUGCUGUUUUUGAUAAUGUUAACUACUUACUACUACUGACAAUAUACUUACAGUUGAAUGCCACAAACUAUUAACUGCUUUGUGAAAAGUUGGUUAUAGUCUAAAUUCUAUUUUGCUUUUAAGAGGGAUCUUCCUGCCACUGCUUCCUAGGUUUUCUUCCCCUAGAUGGGGAGAGCUGGUUUCUGCACCAAAUACGUCACCUUGAUGUUCUUUUUCAGUCUCCACUAGGUUACAUCAGUGGGCAGGGACAAAACGAAACUAAAAUGUUAAGUGCUGUCUCUUCUGAAGCCCCUGUUUGGCAGAACCCAGAAUAUACUUUGCUUUUAUUCCUUUUUUUUCCCCCCACUUGCCCUUCAAAAUGUACUAAAGAGUACAUUUCAUCAAAAAUAACUGGCUAACUGUAAUUCAGACUUUUAUAUAUUUCUAAUUGGGCAGAUUGGCACUGCUUUCCAUAGUGGCCAAUGUGACAGGCUUCAAGCUAGAGUGAUCUGUAUGUCAGGUACGGCACUGGCCGCUCUCGAGGAGAGAUUGUGCCCCUGUGGGCAUCUGUGUUUCUCCACCACAGUCUUUCAUGGUAGAUGUGCUUGGACAGGCCGAAAUAGGUUACAGAGUCAUGCAGAUGUGUAUGCAAAAUGUAAUCUGUACAUCUACAACAUCGUAUUGCUGUACAGCUGCAGCCAGGUCUCUCAUUCUGCCUAGAAUCCAGCCAGUUGUGGUUGUGUGCAUGGCUUGGGAAACCAGUUUGUCAAACCAAAUUCUCCAUCUGAAAGAAAGCAGUCAUGAAAAUCUCCAAGGGUGGAUACAAUUUUAGUAAAAAAUAUGGGCCCAGAACAAUGUUUACAUGGCAUGUAAGUAGAAAGUAUUUGGAAUUGUCCUUUUCUAAAAUGUAAACUGAAUGAAAAUGUUAUGUACAUUUUUGUACAUGACUGUAUUUUGUAUAAACAUAAAUAAAAUAUUUUUAACUGAA